CAUUAACGAAAAGCUCAGUCGAGUUUUGUGAGUCGAAGGUGGCACAUCUCUGUAACAUUGCGCAGACAAUUACUCGACUACAGACACUUUGUUUUUAUAUUUGUGGAUAUUAAUACCGCAUUUUCUCUCUAAAGAGGACGUCUAUACACACAAACAAGUGACCCUCAAAGUGACCCGGGCGCUGUCGCUUUAAAGCGAACACCUCCCCCUCCCCCCCAAAUAUCGGAGCCCCCCCCCCCCCCCCCCCCCCUCCCUCCAAUCAAGCAGAUAACAUGGACGGAUUCUACGACCAGCAAGUCCCAUUUAUGGUCCCACCCGGCCAGCACGAGUCUCACGUGGAGGAGCUUUCUCACAUCAGGCCUGUGAGCGACAGGAAGAGGAAGUUUGUGGACACAGAGCUCGCCCAGGACACAGAAGAUCUCUUCCAAGACCUAAGUCAGCUUCAAGAGAUCUGGAUCGCAGAAGCCCAGGUGCCCGAUGACGAACAGUUCGUCCCAGACUUCCAGUCGGAUAGCUUGAUGUUUCAUGGCCAGCCACCGGCCAAGAUCAAACGCGAGCUGAAUCCCGCCAAAGAGUUUUCUCCUUGUCGCCAGGACAGGAGUCCCAUGCCCUACGGAGAGAAGUGCCUUUACAGCUACAGUGCCUGUGACAGGAAGCCCUCUCCCGGGUUCAAGCCAUUAACCCCCCCCUCCACGCCGGUCUCUCCCUGCGGCCCCUCCAGCACGCACACCCCCCCUCCUCACUCCCACGUAGCCAAUCCCACACGUCCAGUGCACGUACAGCAGCCAAUCACAGCGAGCGCAGGCUCCCCCAACCAGCAGGCGCUCUCUGUGCACAGCCCCCCCUUCGCCGUGCCCUGCGCCCCCAUCAGCCAGGAUGCCAACAACUUCUCCCCUGAGCACAGGUUCCAGCGGCAGAUGUCAGAGCCAUGCCUCCCUUUCCCCCCCUCAGAGAGCCAGGCGCGCCCCCACUUCCUGCCCCAGCCUCCCAGCAGCCACCACAGCCUGCCCCGCGACGGCCGGCCGCCGUACCACCGCCAGAUGUCCGAGCCGCUGGUAGCCGUGCCGCCCCAGGGCUUCAAGCAAGAGCUCAUCGACCCGCGCUACGCAGAGCAGGGCGUCCCCUCCAUGGGGCCCCCAGGUGCUUCACAGGGGGCCCCGCGCCAAGCUUUCCACCCCAUGGCCAUCAAGCAGGAGCCACGAGACUUCUGCUUCGAUUCUGAAGUGCCGAACUGUCAGUCAUCGUUUGGGAGAGCGGGGAGCUUCUUCCAAAAUAACCAUGAAAGUUUCUCCUUCGACAGAGAGACUCAGCUGUACUUUGACGACACCUGUGUGGUCCCUGAGAGACUAGAAGGUAAGACUGGGAAUACAAAUGAAUGUAUAAACAGGAGCCCUCUGCCGUUUCGUGACGGGACCCCCUACCAGCGCCGCGGCUCCCUGCAGCUCUGGCAGCAGCAUUUUCUGGUCACGUUACUGGACGACCCGGCUAACGGACACUAUGUUCACAUGACAAUGAAAGCCUUGAAUCUUGAAUUCGCUGCAGCUCCUAAAUCAGUGUUUGUGUGUCCGUGUCCUCAGGUGGCUCGGCGCUGGGGCAUCCAGAAGAACCGGCCGGCCAUGAACUACGACAAGCUGAGCCGCUCGCUGCGCUACUACUACGAGAAGGGCAUCAUGCAGAAGGUAAAGGUGGCCGGUGAGAGGUACGUGUACAAGUUUGUGUGCGACCCCGAGGCUCUCUUCUCCAUGGCCUUCCCCGACAACCAGAGGCCCAACCUGAAGGUGGACCCGGACAGCCUGCCGAGCCCCGAGGAGGACACGGUGCCCCUCACUCACUACGAGGAGAACGCCCCCUACCUGCUGGACGCCAGCGAGCAGUGUGUGGCAGGUCUGCCCUUCCCCGACGGCUACGGCUACUAAAAGCAAAACACACAUGGACACGCAAACACUCCCAAAGUCGCCCGAAAAAAAUCCAGAGCUGGAACUUGCUGAGUCGCUUGGAGGGCAAAUUCCUCUCCUGCUCCCUGGACAAAACUCUGAUGAAGCUCCCAAGCUACGAAUGAAUGAGGGGGAAAGAGCUCCUCUCCUGCGAGUGAAAGAGAGAGGUUGUGUAAUCAGUGAAGAGGAACUGGACUGCAAGAGGCCGCUUCUGCUGCAGAGACCAAAUAAAAGCAAAGCCACAUGGCGCCAUCUUUAAAUGAACUGACCUUUGUACAAGAGUCGUUCUGAUUUUGUGACAAUCUGCUUUUCUUAAAAACAAUCAAGUAACCAAUAGAGUUUGAAAUAAAAACUAAUUCUAAAUGCAGCACUAUUCUAUAGUUGCCUUUUUUGGGUCGCCCCAUUCUUAUGUCGCCACAUCCGUGAAAGGGCUUUAAUUUGCAUAACUCGGAUUCAAGAUGGAAAACAUUCUAAACUCACAAAUCAGUUAGUUUUCUGUACAUACAUUUUAGUUUGCAUCCGCCAGCUGUUCUUUAGAGACCCAGGCCUCUCAGGAUUCUGGGGCGUUGCUGUAUUUCAGGCUCGUUGGUUGGGCUGCUCUCUCUCGUGUACAUGUUACGUUCUUUAACCGCUUCUGCCCGUGUAAGAGAUUGUAUCCGCUUCCCUUUAGAGACGGCAGUCUAUACAGUACACCCCUCAUGUCUGCUCAUCACCGCUGGGUCCCUUUUUAUUAUACCGCUCCAAGUUUUAGAGAUGAUUAGCACUCCAUCUCCUCCAUUUCAAAAGGGAUGCAAGUAUUUCCCCUGAUGUAAGAUAAAAGAUCACGUUGCUCUUGUUUGUUUUUUAUUUUGUAUCUCUGUCUGGGUGCUUCAUGUUUUCCUCGGCAGUGUCCUAGUUACUCUGAUGCACCAGUAUGGCAGGCUGCAUCGGGAUGUUGCAUGCAAAGUAAAAACUAAGUAAAGAAGGGUGACGUUCUCCUUCUUUCGGACACCUCUGCCAGUCACAAGUGGUCAACAGGAGGCUUCUCUCUGCAUGGUGUAACACUGUGUCCACUAACAUAUCGCUUUCCUGUCUCUGGACAAAGAAGAUAUUUGUGAUAUUCUCUGCAUUUUUUUGUCUGUGUUCAUUAUGUAUGUUUCUUAAUAUGGGGGGAGGGCGAAGACAAACGUAUAUAAAGUAUAUAUUUUUGCUAUAAGGCUGCAUUUGUUUUGAUUUUAAUGUAAAAGCUGUAUAGUUCUGGCUCUCAUAGACAAUGUAGCUUUUUAAACCUCCAUCCUUUACGAUGCUACUACUGCAGACUGUUUCUUUAAGAGGCCUCAAGGUUGGAGAAUGGAGGAGACGAUGUUAUUCCCUUGCCUGUAAAAGUGUGUGUGUGUGAAGGGCGGAGUUCCAUCAAAGGUGAACACACACAUUAUAUCAUGGGCUCCACUCCAGGCGCAGGGAUUGUCUGCACUUGUAUAGGCUUCAGUCCCCUCCCCUCACAAUGUGUUUCUGACACUGCUGAGUUUAUGAUAAUCUGUACUGGGUACAAUAAAUGGUCCUUUAUGCUUCAUU